UUACAUUUUACAAUGUCAAGGACAUUAACGGAAAUUUAGGGAAACUCGGACCACUACUUUCACAAUGUAGGCCUAGCCUUGUAGGUAAUUCUUGAUCAGAUAAAUGCACACCAGUUUGAGAGAUAUUUAAAGACAGCAGUAACUUCAGUAUGAGCAGGCUGAUAUCUGGUAGAUUUAGCCAACACUGUGAAAAAUAUGUCCAGCUAGCAGUGAAAAGAUAUGGUCUACAACAAUCACGAUCCAAAAGUUAUGCACUGUUGAGGACACAAAAUUCUAACCAGUCGUCCAUCUUCCUGAUCUCUGAGAGGGGCUUUUGGAGGUUUUAUCAUGCCCACAGAAACAGACCUUCCAAAUUGUUUCUUACAGCCAGGGGCCAUUUAUCAGUCCCAACCAGUCACCGUCAUGUGGUGACAUGGACCAGAAUAACCAAAGCAUUGCUGAGACCUAGGAAUAUCAUCAUAACAGGAGCAGUGGGCACUGGAGCAGUAGUUAGUCAGAAAAUAAAUGCAGUAAAGCAGCAGUUACCUGACAUAGAAUGGAUGAAAGAAUACAUUCCUGAAUCAGAAACAAUGAAAAACCUCAUGAAAAGUAUCAAAAGUGCAGCAUCUCAAAUCACUUUGCCUGAGAAGGGAUUUAUUUCUAAUCAUUUUCCCAAGCUAAAGGAUGCUGCAGUUGUGGAGGGUAUUAAGACUUGGUGGGAGGAAAACACGAAUCAGAGCAAUGCUGCUGUUCUGUCUGAAGGUGGCCAGGUCUUGUAUGCCAUGUCCCAAGAUGAAGAUAGUGCCAAAACCCAUAAGAAUACAGUACCUCUGAUUGGAUUUGGAAGAUCGGGAGCUUCAGCAACACCCAGCAAAAAGAAUCCAGAGAAAGAGAGGCUCGAGCAAGUUCAGGAGGAGAUGAUUCAAAUUCAGAUCCGAUACCAGAAAGAAAUAGAUAGACUAAUGAAGGAAAAUAAGGAUCUACGUAAAAGUCUCAUUUUGAAAGAGGAUAAAAGUGGACGCAAGAGAUCAAUGAGGAAGAGCCUAAUUGACAUGUACUCGGAUGUGUUGGAUGAAUUAGAACGCUAUGAUUCCAGCUACAACACACAGGACAACCUGCCCAGAGUAGUUGUGGUGGGCGACCAGAGCUCAGGAAAGACCAGUGUGUUGGAAAUGAUUGUACAAGCUCGUAUAUUUCCUAGGGGAUCUGGUGAGAUGAUGACAAGGUCACCUGUGAAGGUGACCCUCAGUGAGGGUCCGUACCACAUAGCAUCAUUCAAGGACAGCUCCAGGGAGUUUGAUCUUACUAAAGAAAGUGAUUUGGCAGCACUGAGGAAAGAAGUGGAAUUGAGGAUGAAAGCUAGCGUUGAGGACGGAGAAACAGUCAGCCAGGAGUCCAUAUCCAUGACAGUGAAAGGCCCUGGGCUUCAGAGGAUGGUACUGGUGGAUCUACCCGGCAUAAUAUCUACUGAAACUUCAGUAAUGGCACCUGAGACUAAGAAUAACAUCCGUAAAAUGGUCAAGGGUCACAUGGAAAACCCUAAUGCCAUUAUUUUAUGCAUUCAAGAUGGAGCUCUUGAUGCGGAGAGAAGUAACGUAACAGACCUAGUCAGUCAGAUGGACCCGACAGGAAAACGCACGAUAUUUGUCUUGACGAAAGUCGACUUGGCGGAGUCUAAUCUGUAUAAUCCACAUAGGAUCAAAUCCAUAUUAGAAGGCAGAUUAUUUCCUAUGAAGGCUUUAGGGUAUUUCGCUGUAGUGACAGGACGAGGCAAUCAAAAUGACAGUAUUCAAGAAAUAAAGAAUCAUGAAGAAACGUUUUUUAGGAAUUCCCGAUUAUUCAAGGAUGGCGUGCUGAAGCCCACUCAGAUGGGUACACAGAGCAUGAGUCUGGCUGUGUCGGAGCUUUUCUGGAAAAUGGUCCGAGAGACUGUAGAACAACAAGCAGAUGCUUUCAAAGCAACAAGAUUUAACUUGGAAACCGAAUGGAAAAACACAUUCCCUAGACAGAGAGAGUUGGAUAGGGAUGAAUUGUUUGAGAAGGCGAAAGGGGACAUCCUGGAUGAAAUCAUUAAUCUUGGUCAACUUACACCCAAGCAAUGGGAAGAAGCAUUUCACAACAAACUGUGGGAGAAGUCAUCCACUUACUUCUUUGAGAGUAUUUAUCUUCCCGCAGCACAAACAGAGAAUUCUGGAACAUUCAAUACAACUGUUGACAUCAAAUUAAAACAGUGGGCUGACCAUAUGCUUCCAAGGAAAUGUGUAGAGGUUGGCUGGGAUACACUGCAUGAUGAAUUUCUAAAAAUUGUGGAGAAAGACAAGAAAAACAAAGAACAUGAUGAAUUGUAUGACCAGCUGAAAUUAGCUGUCAUAGAGGCCAGCAAAAACAAGCACCAGUGGGAUAGCAAGGCGGAGGACAGUCUGAGAGUUAUACAGGUGAACACCCUAGAGGAUCGCUCAGUGUCUGACAAACAGCAAUGGGACUCUGCCGUCAAAUUCAUGGAGGACACUGUCAAAAGUCGACUGCAACAAACACAAGAUAAGAUGAAGGAUUUGACGGGACCUGGCACAUGGGAACAAUGGACUCGCUGGAAAUCAAGAUCUCAAGACCACAAAAACCGUAGUGCUGCCAAAACGGAGUUGGAGAAGUUAUUGUCUGCAGAACGAGAUCACAAAUCAAACCUUGCUACAGAUGAAUUGACCACUGUCCGUAGGAAUCUCCAAACCAGUGGAGUGGAGGUCACCAAUGACUUUAUAAGGGAAACUUGGUACCAUGUUUACCGACAGUUCUUCCUCAGCAAAGCACUGGGUCAGUGUCAGGAGUGCAGAAAGGGAUUCUACUACUACCAGAAAGGAUUCUCAGAUUCGGGGCUGGAGUGUAAUGAUAUAGUGCUGUUCUGGAGACUACAGAGAAUGUUACAAAUCACAAGUAAUGCCCUAAGACAACAAGUCAUCAACAAUGAAGCUAGAAGACUAGAGAGGAUAAUAAAGGAAGUUUUAGAUGAUUUAGGUGAUGACCGGGAAACUUUGGCCAAAUUACUGACAGGUCCAAGAGUUCAGUUGGCAGAGGAAUUGAAGAAAGUGAGACUGAUACAAGAGAAGUUGGAAGAAUUUAUUCAAGCAUUAAACAAGGAGAAGUAAAGGACUUAUAACAGAGAAUAUGGAGCAUUUCUGUGAUUUUAUUUCCAUCAUGAUACUUCAAUACAACUGUCAAAACAGAUUAUCUCAUUUUUUUCAGCUGAAUUUAUGGAUUAUUAUUGGAUUAUUAUUUGUUUACUUUAAAUAACAGGGGUACAUUAAUGAUGAUUGUAAAUCGUGAAUAAGUGCUAAAUAACUGUGUCCUUUGUAUAGUGUUAAUGUACUGUGUAUUGCAAAUUCAUCUUUUUUUUUAGCAUGUACUGUACGAGUCUUCAAAGAAACAGUCUCUUUUUUGCAACUAAAAUAAGAGCAAUUUACCAUGUACAAAAUUAAUAAGAUGAUGAUUAAUUUUGAUAAUGGGACAUUAAAGAGACUGUACAGUGCAUUUUGUGAAAAUGUUGGGAAAGGUCGCUUUCCUACAGCUUUCUUUAUUUUGUUGCAUUAAAGUGUAAACUUUAUUUUAAAAAUACAGGUUUAGUACUAAUUGAAAAAAAAAAUUACUGUUGAUAAGAAAAACUGAGAUAACAUCUACCUUCAUAGAUGUUCAGUUUUGUCCACUGGGGUAAACUGUGUACUUACAGAAUUUAAUACUUCUAUGUCUCAUGAUACAUUUUAAUAACUACACCCAUUGUCUGUUUAUUAUACCCCCCGCAACAAGUUGUGGGGGGGUAUACUGGAAUUGGGUUGUCCGUCUGUCUGUCCGUCCGUCCGUCUGUAGACGCAAUGGUUUCCGGGCUCUAAAGCAUUAUCCUUUCCACCUACAGUCACCAUAUCAAACAUAUGGACUACUCAUGGGAUGAAGAUGUUCCCUAUCGAUUUUGGAGUCCAAAGGUCAAGCGCACUGGAUAUCGAAGUAGCAAUAUGGUUUCCGGGCUCUAAAGCAUUAUCCUUUCCAACUAGUCACCAUAUCAUACAUAUGGACUACCCAUGGGAUGAAGAUGUUCCCUAUCGAUUUUGGGGUCAAAAGGUCAAAGGUCAAGUGCACUGGACAUUGAAGUAGCAAUAUGGUUUCCGGGCUCUAAAGCGUUAUCCUUUCCACCUACAGUCACCAUAUCAUACAUAUGGACUACCCAUGGAAUGAAGAUGUUCCCUAUCGAUUUUGGGGUCAAAAGGUCAAAGGUCAAGCGCACUGGACAUUGAAGUAGCAAUAUGGUUUCCGGGCUCUAAAGCGUUAUCCUUUCCACCUACAGUCACCAUAUCAUACAUAUGGACUACCCAUGGAAUGAAGAUGUUCCCUAUCGAUUUUGGGGUCAAAAGGUCAAAGGUCAAGUGCACUGGACAUUGAAGUAGCAAUAUGGUUUCCGGGCUCUAAAGCGUUAUCCUUUCCAACUACAGUCACCAUAUCAUACAUAUGGACUACCCAUGGGAUGAAGAUGUUCCCUAUCGAUUUUGGGAUCCAAAGGUCAAGUGCACUGGACAUUGAAGUAGCAAUAUGGUUUCCGGGCUCUAAAGCGUUAUCCUUUCCACCUACAGUCACCAUAUCAUACAUAUGGACUACCCAUGGGAUGAAGAUGUUCUCUAUCGAUUUUGGGGUCAAAAGGUCAAAGGUCAAGUGUACUGGACAUCGAAGUAGCAAUAUGGUUUCCAUUUAAAUUCUUUAAUGGCUUUUUUCAUCGCAUGGAGAUGCUGUGUUCCUAGAUACCUUUUGGAUCAUAAUACUGAAGUUUUACCUAUUACCAACACCCUUUGGGAGAUUGGGGUAAGCGGGGGGUAUUCUUGGUGAGCAUUGCUCACAGUACCUCUUGUUUUACAUAAUUUAAUAUAUUCUCUCCUUCAAAGUAUACAGCUGUAUGAUUAUUUUUGCACUUACGUGUGCGUUCAUGAUUAAGAAAACUUCUGAAAAAUCAUAAGAUUUUUUUGUGGAAAGGGCUACUGCACUACCAAUCUGAUGUAAACAAAUUACAUGUGAUGUUAACAAAUUAUGUGAUGUAAACAAAUUAUAUAUGAUGCAAAUGAAGGAACAUGAAAUUCCUAGAAGAUUUUUUAAAAAUAAGUAUUUGCUGGGAAAUGUUCCAAAUGUUGCUGAUCAUAUCUUUUAUCCUGCCAUCAAUAUACUGUAAGAUAGCAUAAAUUACUAUAGGUGAUUUUGAGCUAUAGUGCCUCUUUAAAUCAGCAGAUUGAGAACAACAUGUAGUGUACUUAUAACAGCCACAAAAUACAAAAAUAUGACUGCUA